AAAUCGUUGGUUGGUCAGCACGUUGUGACUUAUUUCUUAUUCUCGAUCUCUUGUCUUUGUAAGCUCACACUAAACCUGGCCAGAUUUGUUAGCUUGUUUUAAUCGACGCAUCUUUGUUGACGAGACACUUAUACUUCUUGGCAGUGACUGAGUUUCAAGAAACUUUGAAAAACGAUUUUGAGAAGAAACCUGUUUCCUUAUUCCUAACUAAUCUAUUUUGACCUUGUGAAGACUUCGUCCUACCCCAGGUUAUCAAAUAUCAGUGAUAAGAAGUACAGGAUCACAACAACUUAUUCGAGCAACUACUUUCUAACUGGUAUCUAUCUUCUGAAGACUCUCUCCUCAACCCCAAGUUAUCAGGCAGCAGUGUUGAAAACAGAAUAUAUUGUUUGAAGACACGCUUCAGUACUGAGAUAUUCAAUCUACUUCCUAACUGUGUAAUCACUGCUAACUCCCGAGAGGAACCUAGUGCACACUUCAGGUACCAGAAUCCGGUCAGCGAUCAAGCAGCGUAUUCCAAUUUCUUUCUAAAUUAGAAAUAGAACAACCUCGAUCUUGAAUAUCAAGGUACCAGAGUCCGGUCAGAGAUUAAGCUGCGUUUCCGAUAUUUUCCUACUAAAGAUCAACAUUUAUCUUCAAUAUUAAGAAUAUCUUGAUUUGCUGAACAAUGGACAACUAUUUAAAGAACGGACAAGAAAUAUUCCUCAAGUUCUGCACCUCUGAUGACAAACGACCCACUAUGCUGCCAAGAGCUCCAGAUCAGACGUAUAUAGACAGGUACCCGGAAAGUAGUGGUUUCAGAGACCAACGAAAACGUCAGUCUGAUUAUGAGGCCGAAGUUAUGGUGUAUAGGGCAUUGGAGAAAUUACCGGACGGUAAGAUCGUCGUUCUUCAUAACUUUGAAUUCACGCACCACCAAUAUUGUUUGUGUGAUCAGAGUCAUUUGCGGGACAAAAAGACGUGCAAAGGGUGCAAGAACUCGUCGAAUAAGGAAGGGGAAUGUGAUUUUUUAAUUUUAUGUCCAGGCUCCAUUGUUAUAAUCGAAGUUAAGAACAUGUCGCACAUUGAAAUCGAUGAUGUUGCGGUUGACAAGGAAGAGCACUUCCGAGCAUUAUCUGGUACGUUCAAAAAGUCAGUUGAGCAGAGAAAGAAGAUAGAAUAUCUGAUUCAAUGUAUAGACAAGGACACAACUAUCUGUCAGUUCACUGCGUAUCCUAAUUUCAGUGAACAAUUUAAAGGACAGUUCCAGGCUAGUGAAGAUACAAAACUUCAGCUAAGCGAUUCAGAAUUAUCAACAGUGAUAUUUCAUGAGGACAUUGUCGAUGGUAACAAGAUCAACGAUAACAAUAAUAGGGAACCCAUAACUGCAGGAACAUCAAUAGAAAUCAGAGAAACCAGCCCUGAAGAAGAGCAAAAUUAUUUAUCUCGGUUUUUUAGUUGUUUGAGGGGCUGCUUUCUCGGAGCCAGUGAUACAGAAAGACAAAUCUCCAGCGAUGACAUCUCAUCAGACGAGGACUUAUCAAGUUUUGGUUUUUGGUGGAAUAACAACACAACAAUAGCUCAAGAUACAAGAAUUAAUCAUGAUGCCUUUCAGAAAGUUAGAAAUAUGUUACUUGCUAUCUGGGCUACCGAUAAAAACUGCGAUAAAUCGAAAUGUAGUUUAGGAAACUGCAUAUCAAACAUUGAUGAACGGCUCAAAUCAGGAAAAUUUACAUUUUUACCAAAAAAAGGGAAGAAUUCUGUACAGAAUCCUGGAGUUGUAACAGCUCCUGAUGUUAUCAGAAACUUCGUUAAAGUGGAGAACCUGACAGUAGAACAAUAUGAAGCGUUCGAAUCAAGCGAGAAUCUGUUGUGGAUUAAUGGACCCGCUGGAGCGGGGAAAAGUGUGAUACUUUGCGGUCGAAUAAUCAAACUUGUACAACUUAAUGAGGACAAUAAAGUUGUGUUAUUCAAAUUCGGCGGUGAUGGUAACAACUGUCAGCUUUAUCAGCGUGCAUUAAAGAAUGCUGAUGUAGAAUAUCAAGAGACCAGCAUGUCUGACGUCACAGAACUAGUUACUCUAAUAUCAGAGAGUAAGUGUAAAGUUAUCAUUGUAGAGAUAACACGUUAUGAUGUACAGAAGUUAAUAGAUACAAUCAGUGCUGUGACCAACUGUCACAUAUUUAUUGAUGAUAUACAGGAGUUAUUGUAUAUCAGCUCAACUGAGGAGUGUAGUGUACUGAUGGACAAGUUGUUAUCUUUAGAGUGCACUGUCAUGGUUGCAUGUGACAUGGCACAGGGUUAUUGGAAUUUGAGUAAACAGAAUUAAUUGACAGACUAAGAAUGAUAAAUGUCAAACUAUCAUCCACUCAGUUGGUACGUUUAUCAAUGAGCCUUAGAAACACAUGUGAUUUAUCAGACAUCUCAUGUGUAAUACGAGAACAAUUAAGAGAAUUAUAUUCAGAAAUACCUGAUGUAUUAGAUAUGAUUUUACCUACACAAUUACCAGGACACUUCAUACACGGUACAUUACCUGUCAUGCAUGUGUUUAAUGAUUACAAUGUUACUAGUAUUAUGCAUGUAUUUAAUAAUGAAUUAGAUAGAUUGUGUGUUACGGAUGGAUUAAAUUAUUCUGAUAUAGGUAUAGUAACUGAUGUCACUAGUAGUGUAAUGUCACUAGUUAAGGACAGUGUUGAUAGGAGAUGUGUUAACACUGAUAGUAAGAUUGCAGUGUGUCACAGUGGGCUAGUUAUUCUGCUCAGUGGCCAGCUGUAAUAGUACUGCACAGAGUGAAGGUACAGUGAGGAGGAGGACCUGACUCACUUUACUUAAUGUUAUCCAGAGCACGUGUUUACUGCUCUGUUGUUAUAUUCCCACGGGAGGGUGAACAUUAGACGAUACACCUCACAUGUUACCUUUGUUACGUAAACUGAGUAGCUUUGCUCGUAUUAUACGGCAUUAAAUUUUAUAUUACUGUGUAAUAACGUUGGUGGGUGACUAGUUCUAUUUUUCAGAAACAUGUAUACACAAGCCUUUAAUGUGUGGCUAUUGAUUUCAUAUGAAAUAAUUGACGAUUUUCGAAAUUUUGACCCAACCGGGAUUCGAACUCGCAACCUCCGGGUUAAAGGCCCAAGACUAUCAACCAAUUACGCCACUGAGGCGACAUUUGUACAAAUAUAUUAAGCUAGCAAUUAUGACUUGCAAAUAAUUUCACCCACUAACCUAAGUAUUACUAUUAUUUAAUUGUGUUUCCUUUUUGAUUUAUUGCUAAAUAUUACAGUGUUUUGUAUCGAAAUGUUUCAUACAAUAAUAUAAAUGCGCCAGAAUGAACAUAGUAAUUAUAUUUUUCAUUCGUGGUUUGGAAACAUCAAAAUUACCCCAAAAUAUGAAGAAUGUCAAAAAGUAAAAACGGGACCACUAGUCUGCCUAAUAAACUAUUGACUAUUGAUAUAAUUCGUUUACAGUUAUAAUAGCAGAAAA